AUGGCUCGAAAAUUGGAAUAUAGUGAAGAUACGAAUCUCAGACAAAAACAACGAAAGGAUGUUGUUCGCAUUGUAUUGCUAGGCAAAACAGGAAAAGGGAAAAGCGCAACUGGUAAUACCAUACUGAAUGGCGAUUUCUUCAAAUCAACACGUUCAUUUAUGUCCAUAACGUCAGAAUGCUCAUUAAAAGAGGCCAUGCGAUUUGGAAAACACAUUCAGGUUGUUGACACACCGGGGAUAUUUGACAACAAUUUUCCUAGUGAUGAAGUAAAGAAUGAGAUUAUAAGAUGUGUUUUUAUGUCAUCCCCUGGCCCUCACUGCUUUCUGCUUGUAUUAGGUCUUGAUAGAUUCACACCGGAAGAAAACGAAAGCGUUAAUGAAUUUUGCAAUUUAUUCGGAAAUAAUGUUUUUCGUUACUUUAUCAUCGUCUUUACAAGAAAAGAUGAACUUGACCAUGAUGGUAAAACCUUAGAACAACAUCUUAGCACGGCCCACACCGACCUCAGAUUAAUCCUUCAGAAAUGCAACAAUCGAUGCAUUGCCUUUAAUAACCGAGAGAAAGGCCUUGCAAGAGAGGAGCAAGUAAAGACUCUUUUAAACAUGAUCGAUGAGUUACGUAAAGAAAACGGAGAAGAGUAUUAUACCAAUGAAUUUUAUUUGGAAGCAGAGGAUUUCCUUAAGCAGAAAGAAAAAGAAAUUGAGGAAAAAAGAGAAAGAGAAAGAAUGGAAGAAGCACGUGCAAUUGAACUCGAAGUUCAAACAAUGUAUCCAGAUGUAAAUGAACAAUCGAUGGAGAAAGAGAGGCGAUUAAGACAGCUCGCCCUCAAAAACAGCUUUUUAUUAAGUCCUCGCUUACAGAUUCUUCGGGAAUUGGCAACGAAUGAUGAGACAAUAACAAAGCUCUUUGUUGCAGGAAUUGGGGCAGUGACAGCCCUUGCUAUACAUCACUUCAUGAAACGUGGACUUCAGAUUUAA